UAGAGGAGCUGCUGUGGACGUCGACGCCGUAGCGCUGUGGGGCUGUUUGGAGUUCUUGGACUGUUUUUUAAGCUGUCAUGUCAUUUUUAAAGGCCACGAAAUGACGCCGAGGUUCAUUUAGUCGGUUUGUACAUUAGAGUUCGUGAAGAAAAAGCGACGCUUGCUCGCUGAAGGUAGUUGUGAGGUGUUAGCGCGGUGCUAGCUCAGUCGUAACCGUCAAUGCCAGCAUGGCAACGGGCGGCCAGAGUCCCGGCUCGGGAGGCGGUGAAGACAAGCUUCCCUCUCACAGACAGAGCGAAGCUAACAAGAAGCUGAAGUACAUCAGUUUAGCGAUUCUGGUGAUCCAGAAUGCCUCGCUGAUCCUCAGCAUCCGCUAUGUGCGGACGUUGCCGGGAGACCGUUUUUUUGCCACAUCUGCUGUGGUUAUGGCGGAGGUCCUGAAAGUCUUCACCUGCCUCCUUCUCAUUCUGUUUCAGAGGAGAGGGAAUGUCAAGGAGUUUGUGGUGUUGCUGUUUGACUCUAUAGUGGUCCAGUAUUGGGACACACUGAAGUUAGCAAUUCCAUCACUCAUCUACACCUUACAGAACAACCUGCAAUACGUGGCCAUCUCAAAUUUACCAGCAGCCACUUUCCAGGUGACAUACCAACUGAAGAUCCUGACCACAGCGUUGUUCUCGGUGCUGAUGCUGCGAAAGAGCCUGUCCCGGGUGCAGUGGGUCUCCUUGCUGCUCCUCUUUGCUGGCGUGGCCAUUGUCCAGGUGGAGCAAGAUGGAAGCAAGCAGAAGGAGGCUAUAGGCUCCUCUGCUAACCAGAACUAUGCCAAAGGGCUGGUGGCAGUGGUGGUGUCGUGCUUGUCCUCAGGCUUCGCUGGUGUUUACUUUGAGAAGAUCUUGAAGGGCAGUUCAGCCUCGGUUUGGCUCAGGAACGUACAGCUGGGUAUUUUUGGCACUGUGCUGGGCCUGCUGGGCCUGUGGUGGAACGAUGGUGCCGCUAUAGCUGAAAAGGGCUUCCUCUUCGGUUACACUCCCAUGGUGUGGGGUGUGAUCUUCAACCAGGCCUUCGGGGGCCUGCUGGUGGCUGUGGUGGUGAAGUAUGCGGACAACAUCCUGAAAGGCUUUGCCACCUCCUUCUCCAUCAUCGUGUCCACAGUCAUGUCCAUCUACCUCUUCGGGUUCCAUGUGGACCUGCUCUUCACAGUGGGUGCUGGACUGGUUAUAGGAGCCGUAUACAUGUACAGCCUGCCCAAAGCUGCUGCGCCACCGUCCAGCACCAGGUCCUCGCACUCCUCAUCAAACCACAGCAACAGGGCCGGAGAUUCAGAGACGGAUGAAUUCCUUCCAAAGAACUCAGAGAAGGAGAAAGGAAGCUAAAAUGUGAAACACUUCCACAAGAAAUGAGCAGCCAGCAAGAAGCAGGAACACACUGUACCUCGGGACCAAAGGGAAAAGGAGUAACGUGAAGAGAAAAGUGCCUUAAUGUAAUAAUAGUAUUCAUUUUAUAACCAGUAACAUUUCAUUUUUCUAACACUAAUCAUAACACAGAAUGUUUUACUGGACGACUGUAUUUGUUUCAAAUUGAAGUGGCUCUUUGAUGAGAACAUUUACUGUAAGGCUGAAGGCUGUUCAGUCUGUUUUCCUCAUUUGACUGCCCUUUUUUCUUUACCCAAACAAUUGGUCUGUCUGGGAAUAUCCAGUUCAUAACAUCGUUGAAAACUGGUUUUAAUAUUAACACUUUAAAACCUGGAUGCUGAUACAAAAACACACAUGCGUUUUCUUUGUUUACAUUUCUUUCUGUUGAGUGUUUUGUUUCCUGUACUAUUUUCUGCAUUAUUAUUUUUUUAAAACACUUAAAUGAUUAACAGAUAUUUAUACUGAGGUGCUUUGCGUUGUUUACUUCAUAUUUUUAUAUCUUAGUCAUAUUAUUUGUGCACAUUAUAGGAACCAUGUAAGGAAAAUAGCUUACUGCAUUUUUUCAAAGUGCUCUUUUAACAGUGAGAGUAAAAUUGCCUUCAAAAUGUGCCUUAACGUUUUGCUUUCGGAGCACAUUUGCUUAUAUAUUAUAUUUGUUUAUAUAUUAUAUUUUUUUCUUAGACUAAAAUGCACAUUUGGUGCAGUGGAGGCUGCAUUUAUCACUCCGUUAUCAAAAGGCAAAGAAUUUUACAUUUUUAAGUGUGAAUUUUAAUUUGAAUUUUUAUUUAUAUGGAGCUCUCAUUGGCGCCCUCUGCAGGCCACUCGCUACACUGACACCCUGGAAGAAUUUUACCGUUUAUGUUGCUGUGAUAAAUUUCGAGAUGGUGCUAAUGGGUUGAAUCAUUUCACAUGAUUACAAGCUUUGAACGAAUACAUAUAUAUUUAAUAAACAUUUCAAACCUUUGA